AUGCCUCCUGCAAAGUCGGUCUCGUUCGAACUUCUCCUUGACGAGGGUUCAAAGACAAGAGCACGAAUACCUCUUAGGGUUGUACUCAACCGACAUGACAGUACCGAGUCAAUUGUCACCACUGUCAAGAACUUCUACGGUAUAUACGAUGGCAGAGGUGUGAGCUUCGAAGACGCUUUCGGCAACACGCUCAUUGCCUCAUACGAGAAUUUGUCGCCAGAUUCCACUGUCUACGUGAGAAUUGUGCUUGCCCCCCAGCAGCCUCCUGCAAUCUUUCCUCACCCGACCUACGUUAAUGACACUGGGUAUGAGCCAAGGCGUCGACCUAGCCUGGGAGAACCAUUCCAGAUGUUGCCACCUCACAUGCGGGAACAGUCUCACUCGCCGUCAAGGCCUGCAUCAAGAACAGCUCAUAAGCGGAGCGUCUCUCCCACUCAAGGCCGAGGACGCAGAAGUGCGUCGCAACAGAAGGGCACAUUUAUGACCAAUGCGAGUCGAGGUUCUAGUGUCAAUGGCAGCUAUAACGAAGAAGAUGGCUACAGUGACAGUGAAGCUGGUCGCAGUUCGGUGUCCGGGUCCAAGAAGGCCCGAAGCGAGCAAUAUGUCAGCUCAGAGAUUAGCACCCUCAACGUGUUACAAGAUGGCAGACGUGGUCAGGCCAUCUUUGACAGUUCGGCCCUACCUCUUUUCGUUCCUCCUCAAGUCCCAGUGACUGCAUCGCAAUCCUCUAUAUCACCUCAGCGACGUUCUGUCCCACAAGAAGGUCCCUCACCUUUUCAUCCUCCUGCUCAGAAGCUAUACGGACUUCAACAAGUCCCCGUGUUAUCCCCUCAGAGCUAUGGACCGUGUCACAAUAUCUAUGGGCCUACCGAUCGAGGCACAGGCGCCGAAAUGGUCACGCCGGUACCCCAACAUGGCCACCGGCUGCGAGAUAGAUCUAGCAUGCAACAGAUACAUGGUGGACGACAAGGAAGUGGUAUCUUGCCGACACCGGAUCCCACUGUUGCAAGCUGCAUUUCAGACGAAGAUGUUGCUCGUACCCUAAUCGCUAUGGGUGGUGAUUCCAAUUACUCUUAUGGGCGCACCUCGAACUCAACGGUGGAUGAGACAUUCAGUGGCGCUGCUGAUGCAGCGUCCUCAACAGGAGCGACCAGUGACAGUGAUGAGUACAGUGAAGACGAAGGAGGCAUGCCUAAACACAGGAAGUUCCUGGAAGAGGAAGACGACGAAUACGACCAGGAUGUUACACGUCGUGACCAUGAUGAGUUCGAGGGCCAGCCAAAAAUGAAAAAGAUCAAGACAAAGAUGCAUGAUGGACCUACUAAUGGUUACCGAUCAAAGUCUACGUCGUCCCUGAAGAACGGCAAGUCCACUAAGAUACGGUCAAAUACACUACCAAAGGCUGCCAAACCCUUGGCGCAGCCAAACCUCACCAAGGUGCCCUCUGCGCCGGCUGCUCCUGGUCAAGUCAGGAAAUCCUCUGGGUCGAGCCUCAACUUCCAACAUCAACUGGGCAUAGACGAAGAGGACCUCUCCUCCAAGCCUCGCUGUCAGCGAUGCAGGAAGAGCAAGAAAGGUUGCGAUCGGCAACGUCCCUGUGGCCGAUGCAAGGAUGCCGGCAUCGGCGUCGAUGGUUGUGUCAGUGAAGAUGAGGGUAAUGGUCGCAAGGGUCGUUACGGCAGGCAUAUGGGCGUGCCGGUCAAAAAGGGCGAAGAAGACGUCGACAACGACGAUGACUCCAUCAUCGGCACCACAUUAGGGCCCAUGGGUGGUGUCCUCGUCAACGACAGUCCUGAUAAGAGCAAGAAGAGGAAGAGAUGA